AUGGAAUGUAGCGCAUCAGGAGAGAAUCCGGGCCGUCAUGUAGGCUGCGCUGCUCAAGUCGCGCAGGAGACAACAGCUGUUGACACAACCCAAACUAACGGAAUUGAUGCUACAGUAGUAUCAACACGUUUUGGCGAACAUGUUCGUCUCCCGUACAUGUGUAAACUACAUGAAGGGCUACGACUUGUGAUUGGUUGUUUGUCGGUGUAG